AAAAAAAAGGUAGUGGGGUGAGUAUCGCGACAAGUGAUAGAAACGUUCGGGUUUCGUCUUCUUCGUCUUUUUAACAAUUCCUGAGAACAACUUUAGCUUCACAUUUCGAAAAAAAAAAAAAAAUUCCUGAGAACAACUGCUCGGGGAGAGUGUGAGAGAGAACGUAUUCAAGCUAGAGAGAGAAAAUAUAUAGUUAUAUAUAUAUAGAGAGAGAGAGAGUCGGAAUGCAGGAGGAGACGUCGUCGAUCGAUUACGCGAUGGAGGCAGCGUCGGGACCUCACUUCUCAGGCCUCCGACUCGACAAACUCCGCUCUACGUCGUCUGUACCUCGCUCUUCGUCCGUCCCUACUACUCCUUCCUCAGCCCUAUCUGACUCUUCUAACGUCCCCAAAGAACCAUUCGUUAUAGGGGUUUCUGGUGGUACGGCUUCCGGGAAGACGACAGUGUGCGACAUGAUAAUUCAACAGCUCCAUGAUCAUCGGGUUGUGCUUGUCAAUCAGGAUUCAUUUUAUCGAGGCUUGACAGCUGAAGAAUCUGAACGCGUACAUGAGUAUAAUUUUGAUCAUCCCGAUGCCUUUGACACUGAGCAGCUCCUGGAGUGUGUUGGGAAGCUCAAAUGUGGCCAAUCUGUCCAUGUUCCCAUAUAUGAUUUUAAAAAUCAUCGUAGGUGUUCAGAAAGUUUCCGGCAGGUAAAUGUAUCUGAUGUUAUUAUCUUGGAGGGUAUUUUGGUUUUCCAUGACCAACGUGUCCGCAAUUUGAUGAAUAUGAAGAUUUUUGUAGACACAGACGCUGAUGUGAGGCUUGCUCGUAGAAUAAGGCGUGACACAGUUGAGAGGGGAAGGGAUGUAAACUCGGUGCUUGAGCAGUAUGCAAAGUUUGUCAAACCUGCUUUUGAUGAUUUUGUUCUUCCUUCAAAGAAGUAUGCUGAUGUAAUCAUCCCCCGAGGAGGUGAUAAUCACGUUGCUAUUGAUUUAAUUGUCCAACAUAUUCGCACAAAGCUUGGUCAGCAUGACCUCUGCAAAAUAUUUCCCAAUGUGACUGUUAUUCAGUCAACAUUUCAGAUUAGAGGUAUGCAUACACUGAUUCGAGAUCGGGAUAUUUCAAAACAUGAUUUUGUAUUCUAUUCAGAUCGGCUUAUACGACUGGUUGUGGAGCAUGGGCUUGGCCAUUUACCUUUUACUGAGAAGCAAGUAGUCACUCCAACAGGAUCGGUUUAUACUGGUGUUGACUUUUGCAAGAAAUUGUGUGGAGUUUCCAUUGUGCGAAGUGGUGAAAGUAUGGAGAAUGCAUUGCGUGCUUGUUGCAAAGGAAUAAAAAUUGGAAAAAUUUUGAUUCAUCGUGAUGGUGACAAUGGGAAACAGCUUAUAUACGAAAAACUUCCGAAAGAUAUUCUAGAACGGCAUGUCUUGCUUCUGGACCCAGUUCUUGCUACAGGUAACUCGGCUAACCAGGCAAUUGAAUUACUCAUACAGAAAGGAGUUCCAGAAUCCCACAUAAUAUUCCUAAAUCUCAUAUCUGCGCCCGAGGGAAUACAGUGUGUUUGCAAACGGUUCCCAGCCUUGAAAAUUGUGACGUCGGAGAUUGAUGUGGCAUUGAAUGAGGAGUAUCGUGUCAUACCGGGUAUGGGGGAGUUUGGUGAUCGUUACUUUGGGACUGAUGAUUGAUCACCCAUUGUUGAAAUGUGUAAUUAUAAUCUAAUAUUGGAUUUUUCGCAAAUACCUUGAGGAUCCAUAUCUCGAAAGAUGAGAAAGUAUAUGGUUAGCUCAAGUACAACAAUUGAAUAUGAAGGCAGCAAUUGGCUGCCACUUCAUUUUUAUUUUCUGUUGCUUUUAGUUUUCUUAGUAACGAAAGUAUACUGUGGUAGUAUCCAAUUUAAGUCCAACUUGACAAUGAAUUAA